CCAACCGCGCUGAGGAAGUGGCCGCGGCUGCGAGCGAAAACGAGGAAGCGGCGGAUCCGGCGGAGCUAGGGGAGGGUCCGGCCCCGGUCCGGCCGCAGCCCGGCACGGUUCGGCCCGCCAGAACCGGCCGCCCGAGGGCUGCCUGCCGGAAAGAGGCGGCGGCGCGGAGCUGAGGGACCCCGAGGCAGCGUACAGUAUUCUAGGUUUGUUACUUGGGAAAGAAAAAACCAUGGCUUCCAACACAUCAAACCCUGCUAACCAUUUGCCAUACUUCUUCGGUAACAUCACACGUGAAGAAGCCGAGGAGUAUCUGAUGCAGGGAGGAGCAAAUGAUGGACUAUACUUGCUCCGCCAAAGCCGGAAUUACCUGGGGGGCUUUGCCCUAUCCUUGGCCCAUGGAAGGAAGGUUCACCACUAUACAAUUGAGAGGGAGCUGAGUGGCUCCUAUGCUAUUGCAGGAGGCAAGUCGCAUGCCAGUCCUGCUGAACUCAUUAACUAUCACUCAGGGGAAGCGGAUGGCCUUGUCUGUCUACUGAGAAAACCUUUCAACCGGCCGCCAGGCGUAGAACCCAAAACAGGACCCUUUGAAGAUUUGAAAGAGAACCUCAUCAGAGAGUAUGUCAAGCAGACUUGGAAUUUGCAGGGGCAGGCUCUGGAACAAGCUAUCAUUAGUCAGAAGCCUCAGCUGGAGAAGCUGAUUGCCACUACAGCCCAUGAGAAGAUGCCGUGGUUCCAUGGGAGGAUCUCUCGGGCGGAGUCAGAAAACCGUAUCCUCAUCGGGUCGAGAAACAAUGGAAAAUUUCUUAUCCGAGAAAGGGAUAGCAAUGGUUCCUAUGCCCUGUGCCUACUGAAUGAUGGAAAAGUACUGCACUAUCGUAUUGACAGAGAUAAGACAGGAAAACUCUCCAUACCAGAUGGAAAAAGAUUUGACACCUUGUGGCAGUUAGUUGAGCAUUACUCAUACAAACCAGAUGGAUUAUUAAGGGUUCUUACCAUUCCUUGUCCACAACAUGGCUCCGAAAAUGAUAAUCUUGAUUUUAAUACUCAUCCUUCUUCUGGAACACUUCCUAAGAGUUGGGCAGGAGGUGGAAUUAUCUCAAGACUCAAAUCGUACACCUUCCCAAAGCCUGGCAGCAAAAAGCUUCAGUCAACUAUCGGCCACCCACCAGAAGAAGCACCUUUUAAUCCAUAUGUGCUGCAAAGGAACAGAGGUCCUACAGGAGCAGAAAGAGGUGAUCAGAGAGAGGCCUUACCCAUGGAUACUGAGGUCUAUGAAAGUCCAUACGCCGAUCCAGAUGAAAUUAAACCAAAAAAUGUCACUCUCGACAGGAAAUUGUUGACUUUAGAGGAAGGUGAACUUGGCUCUGGCAACUUUGGUACUGUAAAGAAAGGGUACUAUAAGAUGAAAAAGGGUGCCAAGCCUGUCGCUGUAAAAAUUCUGAAGAAUGAGAGUAAUGAUCCAGCCAUAAAGGAUGAGUUACUGAGAGAAGCAAAUGUAAUGCAGCAACUGGAUAACCCAUAUAUUGUCCGAAUGAUAGGUAUAUGUGAAGCUGAGGCCUGGAUGUUAGUAAUGGAAAUGGCUGAACUUGGGCCAUUGAACAAAUUUUUGCAAAAAAAUAGACAUGUCACAGAGAAGAAUAUAACAGAGCUGGUGCAUCAGGUUUCCAUGGGGAUGAAAUACCUGGAGGAGAAUAAUUUUGUUCAUAGGGAUCUGGCUGCAAGAAAUGUGCUCUUAGUCACCCAACAUUAUGCCAAAAUUAGUGACUUUGGACUUUCUAAAGCUCUUAGUGCUGAUGAAAAUUAUUACAAGGCACAAAGUCAUGGAAAAUGGCCAGUCAAAUGGUAUGCUCCAGAAUGCAUGAAUUUCUACAAAUUUUCUAGCAAAAGUGAUGUCUGGAGCUUUGGGGUUUUAAUGUGGGAAGCUUUCUCUUAUGGACAAAAACCAUAUAAGGGAAUGAAAGGUGGAGAAGUUGCACAGAUGAUUGAAAGAGGAGAACGAAUGGAACGUCCUGAAGUCUGCCCAACAGAGGUCUAUAGUCUAAUGAAAUUGUGUUGGACAUACAACGUUGACGACCGACCAGGAUUUGUUGCAGUGGAGAUGAGGUUACGUAACUACUAUUAUGACAUUUCCCACUAACGGCGUGAAGAGCGGCAGCUUCCUCAUCUCCAGCCAGCACCCUCUGAGAAGCAGCACAUUUUCCAAAACCAAGCAACCUCGAGUUUUGUACUUCCAUUUUCAACCUGCAAAGCUCAGAGCUGAGCCUUGCAUCCGUAAGGUUGCCUUUUCUUACCUUCUGCACAAAAUCCAGCCCCAAAAGAGUUUUGGAAGUGCAACAGUCUCAAAGUGUGCAGCAAGAAUGUUAGAUCUAAGAUGCUUCUACUUUUGCUACAUUCCAUUUCAUUUUAUUUAUAGCUUUAUUUGCAUUAUAUUUUGCAGUCUUGUAAAACCUAUUUAAUGACUUUGAGCCCUCUUCCUCUCGUAUUUAAAUUCCAAUGCAAAUUGGAAUUUAAAUUCUUCUCAUCGGCAUUAUUAUCCUUUAAAUGUAUUUAGUUGUUCCAGCCUUCCCUUUCCUCAAGGAAGAAUAGCAUAAGCAUUUCUCAAUAUGAAGCAGAUUCGCUGUGCAGGUGUGUCAGACGCUUUGACUGACAGUGUGUUUGAUUUUAUCACCAAGCCCCUUUAAACCAAAUCACAUUAUUCCUAGUAGUAAAGUAAGCAGAGGAGAAUUGGGAGUUCUGACUCUCUAACAUUGUCACAUCCUUUAAAUGUGACCAUUUUCUUUUGUUCCUCAUCUCUUCUUUUGUUCUUCAGCUCAGCUGUUCCUCAGGGAGUUAUUUUUUCCUAGUGAAAACUGGGAACUCAGAGGCUUGAUCUCAUCUUGGAAGAAAACAUACCAGCACCUAAGAUGAUUCUAUAUUUUAACAUAAACUCCAGCACUGCAUUCCUGAAAAUACACCUGUGACGGAGCAGCGCUUACCUUUCUCUGUGCUCUUCCAUCCUUCUCCAGAGAUACUUUUUCUAUGUGUUGUAAUCUUUGCUCUCUGGCUGCCAUACACGUAAAGUCCCAGCUCUCAGGCUGUCACAGCUCUCGGCUGUCCAGGGGAUUCCAUACCUUCUCUCUCUCUCUGUUUGGCUGCAGCGUUGUUCUUCCCUCUCUGCUGGGGCUCUUCUCCUUUCUCUGCAGCACAGUCCUUUCUUUUGGAGUAAC